AUGGUGCAGAGGGCAAAAACAGGAUACGAGGUGAGGAAGAUAACAGCCAUUGACCAGGACCUGGGCCGACCGAGAGGCAUCGGCUACACCAUCAUCUCAGGGAACACCAACAGCGUGUUCUCCCUGAACUACAUCAGCGGGUCUCUGACGGUGAACGGCCAGCUGGACCGAGAGAACCCGCUCUACUCCGCAGGGUUCUCCCUCACGGUCAAGGCCACCGAGCUGAAAGAGGACCGCAGUCCCUCCGAGGCGACGGUGAAGACCACGUUCACCAUCCUGCUGAUCGACAGGAACGACAACGCCCCGACGUUCAACAGAUCGGAGUACCGGGUCCUGAUCACCGAGCUGGCCCAGGUGGGCUUUGCCCUGCCCCUCUUCAUCCAGGCUGAGGACAAGGACGAGGGGGUCAACGGCAUGUUCCAGGUGGUCCUGAGGGGGAACCAUUCAGAGUACUUCACCAUCUCCCCCACGGCCGUCCAGGGCCGCGCAGACAUCAGGGUGAGGGUGGCCCUGCCCCUGGACUACGAGAACAUCCGCAGCUACAGCUUCUCCCUGUACGCCAAUGAGUCCAUGUCGGACCACGUGGGCUUCGCUCGUGUCUUCAUUGAACUCGUCAACGACAACGACAACCGACCCAUCUUCAGCCGCCCGCUCUACAACAUCAGCCUCCCCGAGGACAGCCGGGCCGGGACCUCGCUGCUCCGGGUCCUGCACCUCCCACAGGUCGGCUCCCAAACACUUCCAGAAGUGCUUGUAGAAGUCUGCCGGCAGCCUGUCCAGCAGGAGCUCUCCCAGCAGCCAUCUGACCCACAGCAGCGGUCAGCUCCUCCAGGGAGAUGCUGGCAUCGAGGGCAGCUCUCCCUCGGGGCCCAGCUGAGGAAGGUCCUGAAGCAGCUCGUCAACGCCUCUUUGUGGCUGUCCUCCUUCUGA